AUGAUUAAAAAGAAAGAUACUAAGUACACUUUGAAUAAUAAUACCGAAAUCCCAAUUACUGCCUUCGGAUUAUAUUUAACUGCUCCUGAUAUUACUUCUAAAGUUGUAUACGAAGCGUUAGAAGUAGGUUACAGACAUAUAGAUUCUGCUGCUUAUCAUUCAAAUGAGGAAGAAGCAGCCCGGGAAUCUUUCAAUUUUUAA